CACCAAGCAGCAGCAUGGGUAGCACUAGCUCGGAUGAAAAGUCCUCCAGUGCUGCGGUGGGCACCGUCUCGGAGUCGUCAAGCUUGACAUCGUCUGAGCCAUUCUCGACAGAGUCUACUACAAGUGUUUCCUCAUCCACUACAGAAGCUGUUUCAACGACGAGCAUCUCAACAAUCAGUGCCAUCGAUUCUGCCUCUUCCGUUACCGACACCGUUCCUAAGGUGACUCAGGCCCCGCCACUUCCCGAAUCGUCUUCUACGACAACAGAGAUCCUUCCAAGCGCCUCUUCCACAAGUACUGCUGUCGUGUUACCUACUGGGUCCAUAUACGUAGCCAACUCAGGCGCUCGUGGCCUUGACGGGUUUCCCUUGUUAGCCUACCAAGGAGGCAUGAACUCAGAAGUCUUCAUGAAUGCCACAGACUACCCACCAGUUCGCUAUGUGUAUGACCAGGAUUCCGGAUACAUCUUCAACGAAGAUCGCAGCUACGUUCUUAGUUACUAUACCGACUACGACACCAGCAAUGGCUAUAGUAGAGUGUUGUUUUUGAAUGCAGCGUUCAUUCUGGACAGCAUGGAUACCUACGAGAACUGGGCUGCGCUACCAUGUAGCAUCGACCAAUCUACCAGCGAGCUGUACUGCUUCGGCGCAACUCAGCACGGGGAAACAUACAGCAUAUUCGCUUCCCAAGACAGCAACCUCGCUGAUGACCAUCAUGGAGUGGGAAGACUCUAUAUCGCCAGCUCUGUUUCUACAUAUAUGUCACCGCUGGAUCUAUUCGUGGUCAAGGGAGAGAAUGGCGGCCAGAAUAUUCCUUCGACCACAGAAACCUCUUCAACGACCGACUCAUCACAGACGGCAACCACUACCGAAAGUCAAUCGACCACAUCGUCUUCGGCUGCUGUAACACCAACAAGCGUUUGCGGUACUGUCUACACCGAUGACUCGGCAUCUCCAUCCCUGAGCUACGAUAUCAGCUGUACAAUGGACUACAGCACAGGAUCUUUCCCAGCAAUUGUGACCGAUUCUUUGGACGACUGUAUCGUAGCUUGCAGCCUCGACUCUGAUGAUGGAUGCGUCGCUGCUGUAUGGUUCCAGAGUGGAAGAAACCAACAGUACUGCUAUCUGAAGACUGAGGAUGACCUCAAUAGCCAGACCACUUUCUCCAGCACUGAUGUCGCGUUCUCGGCCACGAGGGGGGAUCUCUGAGAGUACUCGGUCAAAUUUCGUAUGUUCUUCCGUUUUACUUUCGUAUGUUCUUCCAUAUUAAUUUCAUACGUUCUUUAAUCAAUAUGAGACGAUGUUCUUGACGGGGGUCACUAUUUGGGUAGAGAGAACAGGGAAACCAUAUUAUUUAAGGAUCAAUUGAAAUCAUAAUUACAUCGUAGGGUCGU